GACAGCUUUGCGCGACACAUCGGCCGCGUUGACGGCAUUUGACGUGUCUGCGUCAACACAACAAUGGCGGACGCCGUGGAGGAAGCUCUUCAGGGCAGCUGGGACCAGGAUCUAGCUGAGGCUCUGGACUCUGGCGGCUCUGACAUGGAGCUGGAGAGAGGCAUCAUCCAGGUCCAGGAGAGUUCAGCUCAACACAGAGCAAAGAUGUGGAAGAUCGCUCUAAAUGUCUCUGGGAAAGGAGACAGCCUGUCUCCGUGGGACGGCGUCCUUGAUUUACCAGAACAGACCCUCAUUCACAACCGCAGUCAACAGCUGAUCGACCAGCUGGGAGUAUCAGAGGAAGAGAGGUAUGAUAUGGUGUCUGACGUUGAGUCGGUCAUCACUUUCUACUGCAAGUCCCGCAACAUUUCCUUCACCCCGGAGCUGAGCUGGCCACACCUGCUCAAACCACUACUGGGGCUCCAGCUUCCCCGCAGCGACCUCUACAACUGCUUCUACGCUAUCAUGAACAAAUACAUCCCUAGGGACUGUGUGCCAAAAGGCCGACCCUUCCACCUGUACAGACUACUGCUGCAGUACCAUGAGCCCGAGCUCUGCUCCUUCUUGGAUACCAAAAAGAUCACACCUGACUCCUACGCCAUCAACUGGAUGGGUAGUCUGUUUUCCAGCCACUGCCUUCCUGAAGUCACCCAGGUCUUGUGGGACUUCUACCUCCAGCAGGCUGACCCCUUCCUCAUCUUCUUCCUCAUGCUCAUCAUCCUCGUCAAUGCCAAAGAGAGCAUCCUGACACAAGAAGGAGUCAGCAAAGAGGAGAUCAUCAAAAUGCUGGAAGCGUCUCCUUCUCUCCUGGAGUCUGAGGACAUUGAAGAUUUGUUUUCUCUGGCCCAGUACUACCAGAGCAAAACCCCUUUGUCACUCAGAAAGAUGAACCAGAACCUGUUCGGUAGCAGCCUGGUGGCUCUGAAAGAAGAGGACACUGACCUGAGUCAGGCACUGUGUCUCCCCGUGUCUGUCCCUGAAAUACUGCAGGCCAACCAGCUGCAGCAGGAUGGGGUACGUUUCUUUGUGGUGGAUUGUCGGCCUGCAGAGCAGUACAACUCCGGGCACCUCUCCACGGCCUUCCACCUGGACUCAGACCUGAUGCUCCAGAAUCCCUCAGAGUUUGCUCUCUCUGUGAAGUCCCUCUUGGAGGCUCAGAAGCAGUCUUUGGAGUCUGGCUCCAUUGCCAGCGGAGAGCACCUGUGCUUCAUGGGCAGUGGGAGGGAGGAAGAGGACAUGUACAUGAACAUGGUGCUUGCACAUUUUCUGCAGAAAAACAAAGAAUAUGUCAGCAUCGCUAAAGGAGGUUUCAUGGCCCUCCAAAAGCAUCUGGUAGACAUGAACGUGGAGGGUCUCGACUCUUCGUACGUUCACUGGAUCGUCAGCACGUCAGGGUCUCACAGCAGCCUCAGUUCCGCUGAUGGCGAUUCACUAAGUAGCCCUGGAGACAGCAAAGGCGUCAAGUCUUUGGUCAACAAAAUGACGUUUGCUCUCAAGUCCAAGUCAGUAAACGUAAAGGAGAAGAUGAUCAGCUUCAUCGAGAAUACCUCCACUCCUGUAGAAAGAAUAUCUUUCAAUCUGCCCUGGCCAGAGAAGGUGACUCCAGAUCGGCAUGUGAGCAGCAGCGACCGCGUUGGCAAACCUUACCGAGGGGUGAAGCCCGUCUUCAGUAUUGGUGAUGAAGAGGAGUAUGAUACAGAUGAGAUAGACAGCUCAUCCAUGUCAGACGAUGACAGGAAGGAGAUUGUCAACAUUCAGACCUGGAUAAACAAACCUGAUGUAAAGCAUCACAUCCCAUGUAAUGAGGUUAAAGAAACUGGUCACAUGUUCCCCAGCCACUUGUUGAUCACAGCAACUCACAUGUACUGCCUGAGGGAGAUCGCCUCAAGGAAAGGCUUUGCCUACAUCCAGUCCAGACAAGCACUGAACUCAGUGGUGAAGAUCACAUCCAAAAAGAAGCACCCAGAACUGAUCACGUUCAAGUUUGGCAGCAACAACUCAGCUGGAGUGGAGAUAUCGGCAGUUGAGAGAUAUUUGAUACCCAACGCAGGCGACGCCACCAAGGUCAUUAAACAGCAGAUCAUGAAAGUCCUAGAUGCUCUUGAGAGUUCGUAAAGGGAGACGACAGCCAGCCGUGACACAAGCUGUAAGAAGAGUCUCUGUCUGCCAGGAGUGAAACCGUCUCCCGCUCUCCCUCGGCUGUCCUCCUUCCUGGACGGAUCCAGUGCAGUGUUGACUGUGAAGCCCUGUGUUGUCUGUGUUUGGGACAUGAGGGCACACUACUGACUGCAGGCCUGUGGGACAGGCUGUGUGUGAUGAAAUACUUAGGUGCUCCGCAGUCAUCCAACCAUUCUCUUACACUAAUUUAAACAAUAUUGGUUUUACUGUAUGUUUUUCUUCAUUAUUGUUAAAACAUGGGAUCUCAUUUCAAUGCAAUUCCACUUUGACAACUUCCCUCUGGCCUUAACGUAGCGUACUGACCGAUCACUACUCGACUCCUUUAACUCAAAGCCCAUUUGUUUUGCAGUGGACAGUACCGCAGCUCAGUCAUGUCUCUUAAUUUACUUUUCAGAUGGGUUCAGAGUAGAUUUAACGAUUAUUGUUAGCUAGCUCCAACAUUGAGACGCACAUCCCAAAAAGAAAAGCAGUGCUGGCACAUGAGGCAGGUUUCCUACCGCAACAACUGUUUUUGAUAACUUUUAUUUUCCAAGAAGGCAGCCUUAAAUAGAAAUUAUUUGAGGAUGUUUAUAAAUAUGUGAUGUGUAUAUAAUGUGUAAACUGCUCUAUAUCAGCACAGACCUUUGCAAUGUCCUUUUUGAAAGCAUAUCCUAUAAGAAUAUGCAGUGGAACUUUAGCUGGCUUCUUAACCAGCUCACACGGUUUGAAGUUCCCCUUUCUUUCUAGAGUAAGAAGUCUUUUACAGAGUUUCUGGGAGAUAAUUUAUUCCCUGCUUUCGCAUAUAAUAAUGAAUUUAACCUCAUCUCAUAGCAGUGUGUUGUAGCUCUCAGAAAGCAUUGUUCACAGCCCCUCUGGAUUAUAUUACAACAGCAGGUUUGGUGAUUGUAGUCAUUAAGAGCCUGAGCACCUCAGUAUUUUCCCCUCCUAUUCAGAUUCAGUAUUUGAAUGAUUUCCCCCAGUGAACUUAAUAAAAAUAUAAAUCCAUUAUGUUAGCAUCUGGAAGGCUGUUGCUGUAAUUGAACAUGCUAACUUUGACAUAUUCAGAAAGAAACGAUUGCUGUAACUAGGACUGUGCUUUGCACUUUUAGGCAGAGCUUUGAAAGGAAUGAAAAGAUGAUUUGUAAAAAGGAAAGUUAUUAUAUUAUAUCUAUGUUUUCAGAUCAGUCUGUCUUUGUCCAUUGUAUUAGUGGAAACUAAGCAGUUUCAGUUUGCUUGCCACUGUUGCCUUCGGCCUCAUGCCUGUGAUGUGUGAUAUUGGCACCAGCAGUGGCAACAUAUCACAUUAUAUUGCUGCUUCUCCUCUAAUCUUAAAAAUCUGUUUUUGACUUUUCCUCGCUUUUUUCUCCCUUACUAUUCAUUUGCAUUGAAGUCUAGUUGUGUAGGCAGCCUUGGUUUUGAGUGUCAAAGCCUCUGAAGUGAUGCAUCACCUUCCUGACAGCUCCAGUUGAAACCUCUGUCCAGAGAGGGUUUGUCCCGUUUAUCAUAUAAAACUUAAAGAGGGGAGAGGUCAGCCUAAAACAUAUGGCACAUUUAAAAUACGGGCAACAAAAACCAAAACUUGAAUUAAAGACUCAUAAAUCUGGUCUUUCUUCACUCCAGUCGUUCAUAGCAUUCCUGUGUAAUCCAUGCAUUGUCUUGUAAUUUUGUGAUAUUCUUCAGUAUUGACUGAAACAUCCUUGAUCAGGAGUCUUUACAUUACUCUGUAACAUCACUGACAAAGGAUGUCACCAUUAGUCGAAAUGCAACAUGUCUCAACUGUAAUUUGCACCUUACUGUACUGCUAUUAUUUUCUAAGCGUUUCUGUUUUUAAUAAAUGGAGAUUAAUCGAC